CAUUAUCUUCCAGAGCACAGAGAUUUCCUCAACCCACGUCAGCCCCUGCACUGCAGGAGGGCUCAGCUCACCCAGCUCCUGCCUAUCGGCGGAAGCAGCACAUCUCCAUCAGGUCCGGACCUCACCACUUAUCUCUGUGCGUCACAGCACCGGCUGCUGCUUCCUUCAGAUGCAAACAGUUCCUCGCCCCGUGGCCUUUAAUUAACCUCUGCAGCAAGAGCAAGGAGGGAGGGAAGCAGGAUUAGAAAUAAAGAAACAGAGCUAUGGUGGGCUGAACACAAAAUGGGGACUGCAGGGCAGAAACCAAACCCUGAACUGUCCCCAAGGCCAUAGCAGAGCUCUGCAAGCCCCAGGAGCUGUGGAGGUUGUGGCCUUCCAUGGCUGUGUGUGGGGAUGACAUCUCCCAAAGGCAUUGAAGAAGGGUGGAGAAGGACAUCAAGCACUGCACAGUGCUGCUCAGAUCCCUCUUGAGCAGAAGGAUGCUGUUGGACACAGAGCCCAGAGGAAUUUCAGUGCAGUUUACACUCCAAACCAAAUUCAAAGUGCGUCAAACAUGAUUGUUGUUAUUUUCAAGAACAGCCCAGAGCAGGGAGGAGACCCAAAUGAAUCACUUGAGCUCUGACAGAUGAUCCCUAUGGGUUUGGAUGCGUGCAUCCCCCCAGCUGACACUGCAGCUACAUCUCUGCUCGGACCACACUGGAAUGCCGUGACAGGAUGAGCCCAGUGCUUCCGACUGUUAAGGAUUGCAAAGAGGAAACACGUAAGCACAGCCGCUCACACAGCUUUUCCCAGCUGCCUUCCAGCAGUGCAGCUCCUGUAGCAGCAUGGGGACCUCCAGGAGCGGGUGGUUGGCACCCCGGCUCACACUGUGCUGUGCUGUGUGGGGACUGUGCCUGGCAGCGCUGGACUACGAUGAUUACUCUCAGAACAGCACCGGCGAGCAGAUAACAACAGCAGAGAUCACACCAUGCCCCCGAGCCAUCCCCGGUGAGAAGGCAAGGAUAGAUAAUGUGACAUACCUGCUGCUGCACGAGGCUGCUCGCUCCCAGCUGAGCAGUGGGGUCACAGUGCUGCUCAUCCCAUCCCUCUACAGCCUUGUUUUCCUGCUGGGGCUGCCCUCCAAUGGGUUGGCCCUCUGGGUUCUGGCUACCAGGACUGAGAAGCUGACCUCCACCAUCUUCCUGAUGAACCUGGCUGUAGCAGACCUGCUGCUCAUCUCAGUGCUGCCCUUCAAGAUAUUCUACUAUUUCCUUGGGAACAACUGGCCCUUCGGGGAAGGUCUGUGCCGGGUCACCACAGCUUUCUUCUAUGGGAAUAUGUACUGCUCAGUGCUGCUGCUCACGUGCAUCAGUGUGGACCGGUACCUGGCAGUGGUGCAUCCUUUCUUCUCACGCUCUUUCCGUACCCCUGCCUUUGCUGCCUGGACCUGUGCUGCUGUCUGGCUCUGUGCUGCUGGCAUCACUCUGCCCCUGACUCUGCAGCAGCAGUCAUACCCCCUGUACAGAGCAGACAUCACUCUGUGCCACGAUGUUCUCCCUAGGCAGGAGGACGAUGGCUAUUACUUCUACUACUUCAUCUGCCUCAUCACCUGUGUUUUCCUUGUUCCUCUGGCAGUGAUGCUGUUCAGCUACUGCUCAGUUCUGCAGGCCCUCCUGGGCAGUGGGAAGCGGUACGCCCACUCCAUAAAGCUCACAGCUCUCGUGCUGGUCACGCUCAUGGCCUUCUAUACCCCCAGCAACGUUCUACUCCUCAUUCAUUACUCCAGCUAUCAGUGCAAGCUGUACGGCAGUUUGUACAUCAGCUACAUGGUGAGCCUGGCCAUCAGCACCUGUAACAGCUGUGCUGACCCCUUUGUCUACUACUACGUAUCAGAAGAUUUCCGGGAGAAGGUGAGGAGCACAUUCUUCAAUCGCAGCAAAACACCCUCCUUACAAACCUCCAAAGAAACACUCCCUCAGAAAAGCUCCAAGGAAUCACUGGUUUAAGCUCCCAUCCCAGCUCCCUGCCCCCAAGGCACUCCCACCACACUGUGGGGAUAGGACAAAGCACCAGGACUUCACAGGUUCCAUCUGGAGCAGUGAGGAGCAGAUCCCAGCAGACAAGACCCAGGAAGGAAGAAUUACAUUCUUCUGUCUGCACCGCUGGGAUCAAAUCAACCCAGACCACCACGUUCCUUAAAGGAUGUUGAGUCCCAGAUAAGAUGUGGAGUGCUGAACACAGAUCUGUGAUUGCAACACAGUAUGCAACUUCUCAUCUGGUUACACACUGCCAGGGAUGCUUCUGUUAGUACACCCAGGUCUGCUUUUAAUGCAUGCUGUGAGCUGCCUCCUGUCUGCCUUCUAUUCAUUUUUUCUGCUACUGGCUUCCUUGCUGUCCUUGAACACAUAAAGCUGAAAAAGAACAGGCACUUACAGAACCAAAUUUCUAAAUAUUUAAAAAAAUAUCAGGAGGUAUUUACAUAAAAGGCAUUCAUUGCCUGAACUAAAAUACUCUGUCUAGAGAACACAGAGUGCCAGCUUUUCUAGCUGUUACAUUCUUGGCUUAACCAAGAAUCACCACCACAGCAAAGGCAGCCCACUGUCAUAAGUGUAAAAACCCAAUUCCUUCACUCCUGUUGAUGCGAAUGGUCUCUGCUACCCAAAACUUCUUCAGGGUCAAGACUCUAUUCUGUCACUUGAAGGGAAGUAUUAAAGAAGGAAUUGAGAAAACACUCAGGGCACACUUUUUUGCUUUGUAUCACACAACCAAGAGCUUUCUCUUCUGAAACAGCUGAUCACACCCAUUGCUCAGCCCUGGGGUACACUGCAAAGUAUUCAAAACAAGCCCAGCUCUGGGCACAUCCCAACAAGGAGCAAGGUAGAAAAAUGAACAACAAACAUCCUUGGAGUCCCUGAAUUCUGUUGUUCUCAUGGUACAGCCAGGACUGCGAUCUACAACCAACCAGUCUUAGAGCCUACAAUGCCAAUAAAGAGACAGAAAAGAUUGUUUUAAAAUCAGUUUUUAAUAAAAUAUUUCUCAGAAUCUAAAACAAAACCCUUU